UGUGAUCCACUAAAUUUUUGGUUUCAUAUAAAUUGCUUGCGGUCGAUUGGAGUUGGCACAGUUCAUUUGUAAAGCCAGCAGUGCAAAGUAGUGGUAGACGCGCCCAACCGCCGAAGGAUAUUUUAUGAAAACACUUAAACAUUUACAAGCAACAACAAAAGCAAUGACAACACGAACAGAAACACACCUAAGGCACACUUGGCCGGCGCUGUUGCUAAUUUGGACCUGCUGCGUUGCGCUUGUGGCCGGUCAGGGACUGCGUUUGCCCGAUCAGCAACCUCAACAGCAACAACAACAUCAACAACAGCAGCAACAAAAUGUUCAACAGAUUUUCGCACCACAGCCACAGCAGUUGCAUCCACAACAGCAGCAGCAACAGCAACAGCAAUCGCCCGCUGUGAGUUAUGGACAAGAGCGUGGUUUGGGCUCAGCGUUCUUGAGUUUAAUCGGUCUGCAGCAGGAGAACGACCCCUAUUUAGCGCGCACAAAUCAAAAUUGCGUGAGCGGUGAUUUAUCAGAGUGCUUCAAGACACAAGCGCUCGGAAGCUUCGAUGAGAUUUUUUAUCGUGACCAAUAUGCUUUGUCUGAUUUUGCGCGUGUCAUUCGUUUGCCCGAAACACAGCAACGUUCACUCUUGCAAGAGCCAUUCGAGUAUUCUCAGGAACCACGCAACGAGGAUAGCGAUUGGGACCAAUUGGUUAAAUACGCCCUGAGGCGCGCUGAACGCUUUGUCAAGUCCACAGCGUUGGAAAUCGAUGUGCCCGAGGAGCUCACCGAGGCGGGACGCUAUUCAGCUCGUUUCAUUGGAAACGACAUUGACAGUGAAUUGGACGUCAUUGAGGAUAAACAUGCGCCCGUCUUCAGUAAGUCGCGCUCCAAAACAUCUCGCAAGAAGUUGAAGAAGAUGAUCAUCCCAUUGUUGUUGGUACUCAAGAUUUUCAAACUGAAAUUGUUGCUUUUCUUGCCCUUCAUCCUUGGUAUUGCUGGUCUGAAAAAGAUACUUGGCUUGGCUGCUAUCAUACUGCCCGGUUUGUUCGCCUACUUCAAACUCUGUCGUCCACCAGGUGGUCCCGGUUUUGGCGGCGGCGCCUUCUCUGGCCUCUUUGGCAACAAAAACAACUUCCCCGAAUACUCACCACAAGGCGUCGGCUCGGCCACAUAUUAUCACCAUCACGAUCAUUACGAAGGUGCUGGCGCUGGACAUGGUCAAUUCUAUCGUCAGGAUCCUUCCUUCUCGAAGCCAUACACAGAUUACUACAGCAAAAAUUACCAAACUGCUGGCAAUGGCGGUAACUCUGUAAGCUUUGGUGAUGCUCACGAAGCCGCUUACUCGGGAUAUUAUGGCCGCAACACCGGCAAGGAUAUACAGAGCGAGCAGAAGAGUUAGGUUGCGACGAAAGUUGGCCGCACACAGCCAUUACUACACUGCCAUCCCAGCUGCAUGACUCUUUGAAGUUGUGCUUUCGUUUUUGUUUUCAUCCAAGUGUUGACUUUGUUGUUUUCAUUGAUUUUGUUAUAUGCUAGUGCGUGUUUUCACCGACAGUUGAAUUGUAAAUAUUUUAGUUGCUCAAUCUCUACAUGUAUGUAGCUGUAGUGUUGGGCGCCCAUCUUAUGUCCUAGCUAAAUUAUUUAUUAUACCUACACAUAUGUUUGAAUGUAUUUUAUAUAAAUAAAUUAUAAGCCAUUUUCGUAAAUUGAAUUGGCGUUUGC